UCGUUCACAUCGCCGCUGCGCUCAUGGAGAGCUGAUGUCUGGCGCUCGUUCAUGGAGUCUCCUGGUGUCUCUCAGAUUUCAGGAAGUCUCUGAAGUCAUCAGCUGCUGUCUGCUCUAUAUUAUGGUGGUGCGGUCGUGAUACGCGUGGAUCGUCCGUGUGGAUCUUCAGUCGGGCAGCAUGUCCACUCGGCACAGCCCGAACUUUGCGCUUCUGCCCGCGGUCUGCGCGCAUGUUGUGUCCGUGUUGACUGUCUGCUGCGCUGGAAGUCUACUUCCACGAGCCGGUCAUCCGGAUGGACGUGGCACGCUGGAACAUUAUGACGUCGUUGAACCACGCCUGCUCAUUGGAGGACAGCAGAGACGGGUUAACCUCCUGAAGUCACUGGGUCAUCCUGGAUCACUGAAGGUUCUUAUUGAGGUCGAUGGUGAAGAUCUACUGCUGGCUUUGCAGAAGAAUGAAGGUCUGUUUGCUAGUCACUAUACAGAAACACACUACCUGGAGGACGGACGUGUCACCACCUCACCAAAUGUCACGACUCACUGCUUCUAUCAUGGUGAAGUGGAGGGACACCCGGGGUCAGAAGUCACCCUCAGCACCUGUACCGGACUCAGGGGACUGAUUUCACUUGAAGAUAAAGUUUACAUACUGGAGCCACCGCCGGAUGGGAACAGCAUCACACAUCGUGUUUAUAGAGGAGGACACUUUAAACUCCAGCAGGGGACGUGUGGACAUGGUCACAACAUUUCACACCCCACAGAGUUCUUCAACACUACAAGAAUGAAUUUUUAUUCUCACAGCAGCAGGUAUAAAAGAGAUGCUCAGAGCAGCACCAAGCACGUGGAGUUGAUCAUCGUCGCUGACAACCGCGAGUAUCAGAAACAGGGGAAAGAUUUGGAGAAGGUGAAACAGAGGCUUGCUGAAAUCGCCAACUACGUGGACAAGUUUUAUAGAUCUCUGAACAUCCGUGUGGCUCUGGUGGGGCUGGAGGUGUGGAGCGACGGAGACAAAUGCUCCAUCACACAGGAUCCGUUCACAUCACUUCACGAGUUUCUGGACUGGAGAAAACUCCGGUUACUUCCACAGAAAGCUCAUGAUAACGCUCAGCUCAUCAGCGGGGUUUAUUUUCAGGGCACUACCAUCGGUAUGGCUCCCAUUAUGAGCAUGUGCACUGCAGAACAGUCCGGGGGGAUCGUCAUGGAUCACUCUGAUAACCCUCUGGGAGCUGCUGUGACUUUGGCUCAUGAACUGGGACACAACUUUGGAAUGAAUCAUGACACACCGGAGCGAGGGUGUGGCUGUAGAGCCAGUGUAGACAGAGGAGGCUGUAUCAUGACACCAUCUACUGGGUUCCCGUUCCCCACGGUCUUCAGUACGUGUAGUAAGAAGGAUCUGGCGGCGAGUUUGGAGAAAGGCGUGGGCAUGUGUUUGUUUAACAUGCCGGAGGUGAAGGUGCUCUACGGAGGACAGAAGUGUGGGAACGGUUACGUUGAGGAGGGAGAGCAGUGCGACUGCGGGGAUCUGGAGGAGUGUGUGAAUCCCUGUUGUAAUGCCAGUACAUGCACUUUGAAGGAAGAAGCUGUGUGUGCACAUGGACAAUGUUGUGAAGACUGCCAGUUGAAGCCUGCAGGUACUCUGUGUCGUGACUCGAGGAACUCCUGUGACCUACCAGAGUUUUGCACAGGCAUGGACCCACAAUGCCCAGCGAAUUUGUACCUGCACGACGGACACACCUGUCAGGGUGUUGAUGGUCACUGUUACAACGGCAUCUGUCAAACACACGAGCAGCAGUGCAUCACGCUGUGGGGACAAGGUGCAAAGCCAGCUCCAGGAAUCUGUUUCGCACGAGUGAAUUCAGCUGGAGAUCCAUACGGGAACUGUGGGAAAGACACGAAGGGAUCGUUUGCCAAAUGUGAAGCACGAGAUGCUAAAUGUGGGAAGAUACAGUGUCAGGGCGGAGCCAACCGGCCGGUGAUCGGCACUAACGCCGUUUCCAUAGAGACCAACAUCCCGCUCCACGAGGGAGGUCGUAUCCUCUGCCGCGGGACUCACGUGUACCUGGGAGACGACAUGCCUGACCCGGGCCUUGUGCUGACCGGCACUAAAUGUGGAGAAAACAUGAUGUGUUUAAACAGGCAGUGUCAGAACAUCAGUGUGCUGGGAGUUCUUGAAUGUUCUGUCAAGUGCAGCGGACACGGGGUUUGUAAUAAUAAUAAGAAUUGUCAUUGUGAGGCGCUCUGGGCUCCACCGUUCUGUGAUAAAGCCGGUUUCGGAGGAAGUGUGGACAGCGGGCCGAUGAGACCAAUAGAGGGCAGCAGUGUGAUUGUGGGAAUCCUGGUGGCGUUUCUGUGUCUGUUGUGUGUUGGAAUAAUCGCAUGUAUUAAGAGAAAAACUCUCCUCAGUUUAUUCUUCAGCAACAACAAGAACACCAUGGAAAAACUGAGAACUGUGGGACCUAACAAGAUGAACAGUCCAGUUCACACACUGACAUUAGAUCACACACACAUGAGGACUCACACACACUCUUACAGGACGUCUCCACAGCGACAGACUUCAACACAAAGUGACAACAUAUAUAAGCCGCAGUCUCCUCUUCAGACGGUGGAUUCUGUGGUGCGCAGGCUGCCCCAGUGCCCUCAGGUUCCUCAGUCUCGCCCACUGCCACUCGGCCUGACCCGGACUCUGCCCUCACCCAGACUCCCUCACACCCACUCCACCCCACCCAGAGCACCCCCGCCGGCACACACACACUCACACAUGUCCUCUCCUGUCCACGGCAUCGCCUGUCAGAACGUCUACAAGAUUGCCAUGACGUUUGAAAAGCCCCAUCCACCCCAGAAACCGCUUCCAGCUGACCCGCUCGGGAGGAACGUCCGGCUAAUGCGGAGCCCGUCUGCCAUCCGACUGCCAGCUCCCAUCCCGACCGCGGUCACCCCUCGACAUGUCCCACCACAUCCACAGCCUAGCAGACUUGCUCCCAAACAACCACCCGUCCUGCCCAAGCCUCAUUUCACAGCGGGAGUGAAGUUCAGCAGCUGAGAGCCGUACAGACGCCAUCUCGUCUUUGGAGACGCUCGCAGAUUUUUGCACUAUGAAGCUCUGCAGACACAUGUCAGAGUCUUGAUGUAAGGGGUGACCUUUGACCCCCGAGGUGCUCGCCCUCUAAACGGUGCUAUGAGUUUACGCUCAGGUACAUGUCAGGCGCUAUUUAUGUUUGUUUAAAAUGUAUUUAUUUUUUCGGUGCACUGUGGUCGACACUUUCUCAAUCGUAGCAGCAAUCGGUGGUCCGCCCACGUUGUCUUUUUCUUUUUUGUUGUUUUUAGAACAUCAUUUAAAAUGAUUGACCUGUGUAUCCAGAGCCUAAAUGAACACGUGACACAUGGAUGCUCUUUAGGUUGGGCUAAACUGGAUUGAAAACCAAAUUGGAUUUAAAAUUUAAUUGGGAGUCACACCUGGGAAAUGUGCCUGUAAUGUUUUCAAUUCAGUUUUUGUUGGUUCAAUGAUAUUAUGUUUUAUGUAAUAAGGGCUGUCUGUCGGUUCAUUGUAUUUUUGUAUUAAACAUUUGAUUACUUUUUCAUAUGUCAAUGGUUAAACCUGAAUCCAGACCCUUUAACAUAAAAGCAUACAUUCAGCUUUUUAUAAUCUGAUUUGAUGUGUUAUGACAUCAUUUGAGCCUGUCGAAACUUAAAACGAUGGAAAGAAAUGUUUGACAUAUUUCUAGAUACCCCGAGUUAUAAAACGACUCAAAAUCACCUGACAUUUUCACUGUCAACUUCUGUUGUGAAUUGACCCGUCUGUGAUGCCAUCUGCAAUUUGGAACUAAGAUUAUUGCUGUUUAUCGAGUUAUGUGAAUGGGUCUUUAGGACUAUAAUGCCACAUCUCUGUGACAUUUAUCGGGUUCUGAAUAUACAGCGAUCAGAAUACUCCAGAUAUGAGAAUUCACAGUGACAUACAGGAAGAUCCUUUUCAUGUAAUUAAAAUUCAUAAUCAUGUCAUUUCGCAUCCAAAACAUUCUGAUCAUCGUUCAUUUGAAAGAUUGUGAGAGAGACAAAUGGAGAUCAUGAUUUAUUUCUGACUUAUAAUUCAGAUAAAACGCUUUAAUAGAUCAUCUGCAAAAGUGCUUUGAAGAAGAUAAAUAAGCAACCUUCAUUAUGUGCUUUGUAUUUGGUUUGUGAAAGAGCAGUUCCCUAUCUGUAGGCCCAGUUUUCAGAGUCAUGGAGAUGUUUUUCCAAAGACACAGUUUUUAAAAAAGGAGUUAUUUAAGGCGGGAUGUCCGAUUUCUCAUGUUCAAAUCACAAAAAAAGAAACACCUCUAUCCCCAUCUUCCGCUUUUGUCAGCGCUCGACUCGACUAAUAUCCAUCCUGUGCACUGUGCACCUUACUGCUGAUUGGCUACAAGGUUGUUUUGAUACUCGGCCCCACUUUGUCUAAACAAGGCGAAUUAUAGUACACCCCGCCUUUAAGAGGAAAUAAUUUGAACGUUUAAUUACAGUGCAUUGUCUAGUGGCAGAAUGGCACCAUUGAGCUUUUGCGAUGACAGGGUCGGCAGACUAAUUUCCGAUCGUAUAACGAGUUGUUUUGGCUUAACAUGGUGCUCAGCAAUGUAUAGAGGAUGACCGUGUCUAAAAAACUCCCAUAUUUGCCGCCCAAAACCCUCCAUUUCCCACACAGUGUUAUACUACUGCGACCGGAAAUUACUCUGCCGACCCUGGCAUCCCAAAAGCUCACCGGCGCCAUCUUGUGCAACUACUGGCCAAAUAAAGAGUUUAUUUCUAAAAACAGAUAACUACAUUUUAUAAAAGUCAUGUUUUUUAUCAUUUUGUUAUCUUGUUUUAAUUGUGUUAGCUGUGUUUAUAAUUAUUAUUCUUUUAGAGUUAUAUUACUUAAUCAAAAUAAACCAACUGCAGUUUGAUUGAUAUUGGGAUGCACAAUGAAAAACAUGAUUAUUGAACAUUUUAAAAAGGGACUUAUCUGUUUUUGCAAAGAAACUGAGAUGAGAUGAUGUUCAUAUAUGAUGUUCACAGUUGUGCGAAAUAAUAUUGCCACAUGAGGCAUUAGAGCGGGUUUUGUAAGACAAAGUAAAAAAAGAGGAAGCAUCUGUCAUCAGUAAUAUUUCUCAACAUUCCCAUGAUCCAUUUGGGCUUCUUCAAACUCAGUCAUUCCUUGCAAUGCAUGAUGGGAGAUUUGUCAGCAGUGCAGAAAUAGAUCUUUGUGUCCUGUGGACCUCAUUAUCCUAAUUUAAAAAAGCACACAGGAUUUUUGAGAAAGAGUUUUUCUGGAACAUAAAACCAAUUAAAGAAAUGACAGUCUCAACAAGGAUGAUGUAAAUUAUAAAAUAUUGACCUAAUUUAAACUAGAUUAAACUAAAGACUAAAAUAUUAAUCUAGUUUCUCUAUGAUAUUAUGUUUAUCUAAAGACACAUUUGAAAUAUUUCUCACAUCUGGCCACCCAAAAAUCUAGCAUUAAGUAUGUUGCUAUUUGACCAUAUAGCCACUGGAUCUUUGUGUUUUUAUAACAGGUGCACAGCUUUUUUAGACCACAAAACAUUUUGCUUUAUUAAUGGCUGGUAGAUAUUAUAGAUUGACUGGCCAUUGGCAGGUGUUCAAAAAUUGUGACACGAAAGAAACUGUGCUCAUGGAAUUGAAUAUAUCUGCCACCACUGAGCCCAUUAUGAUUUCAAAUGUAUGGGUACAUUUAUAUGAGCCAUUUCCUCACAGUGCCAUCAUUUCUCGGUGUUUACAUUGUAAAUAAAUCUCUAUCAAACAUCAAGAAGCCUCUUCUAGUGUUAAACCACAACCGUGCAUUAGAAAACUCACAGAGACUGUGAAAAUCUAGACUCUGACCGAUUAUAUUAUAAUCACGUGUCUCUAACUGCCUUGCCUUUUUCAUUCACAUCAUCAUUUACUGUCAUUUACUUUGAGUCAUGUAUUCACACUCAUGUAAUGUUCUUACAUGUUUUCUUCAGUGUAUGUGUCACAAUGCUUUUUUAUAAUACAUAUUUGAUUAAUCGAGAAAUGUGAAAUAAAUUACUGAAUGUUAAUGUCUGGUGCAUUGAUUCUGAACACAUAA